AUGGAUAGUCAAUCAUACAGUGGAUUUAAUGCUUCAGGCUCGAGUUUUCUUCAGGAGCUAACUGUUGAAGACCCUGCAAAGGAUGUCUAUGCAGGCAGUCAAGUCCCACAACAACGCCCAUAUCAAACUUUUCAGGACCCUACUUCUGGACAUUACUCAACACCUUCGGAUGUGUCUCCUGGCUCCUAUUAUAAUGGUCAGUACAAUGUGGACCCGUAUUAUUUCAACCAUCCCAUUUAUUCUCAGAGGGGCAAAUAUUCAGAAACUCCCUACGUCGCUGCACCACUACCUUUGCAGCCAAGUGCUAAUCCCCAGGUAACGUCGAGAUCGGUUUCCGGCCAGCCUUCUAUGGGUGCAAAUUGGGCCGAAACUCAGCAGCCACCACAGUACCCGUCUGAUCCUUACACACCUCAAUCCACAUUCCACUCAAGCGGUGGCAGUAGUCGAAUGUCUGUUGCUAGCUAUCCCCCAAGUCACGUGGUUCCGGUAAGUGGCUCAUCUACACACCAGUCAUAUCGAAACUCUACCGGGAACCCAUAUUCAGUCGCUCCGGGAUCAUAUUGCCACAGCGAACUGUCGCCAGGCACCUACUCGGGUCUCUCAUCGCCGCCACCCCCACAGCAACAGUCUUUGUCACAUGCAAUGUCCGUUAAUGGCGAACCAAUAAAUCCUUAUGCUCAGCAGUCUAGGGUUCUACCAAAUAUUCCUCGUCAACAGCUGCCAAAAGCGACAGUUAAGCGUCCCUCGAAGCAGCGUGGCGGUGGACUUGUCACUAAGCCACCUUACCCUCAUCAUCCGAUGCAUGAACCAGCUGCUCUGGAGCGUUUUGUCAAUAGCCAGUGUCCCCUAAACGUGAUAUCUGUUGGUGCUACCAACGAGCUUCCUUCCCAUUCUUUAUCGCUUCCGCCUCAAUCGCAACAGCCGAUACCACCUGCUUCAGCAAUUGGCAAUCUGCAAAUGUGUCCCUCGGUGGAGCAGCCACCCCAUGCUUCUCCUUCCAUUGAAAGCCGACAAGCGGUAGCCAAGCCCAAAACAAUGUCACCAGCGAUUUUGGAGAGAGAGGGGAGCCAGGUGCGUUUGUCUUCUUUCAUGGAUUCGUCGGUUAGCCAGGCUUUGACCCCGAGCCCACUUCGUGUUAAGUCGCCCGAUUUGGGAAUGUCAGCUCUUCAACCCUGCGCCAACACCUCGAUUAUGUCUUCGUCCCACAUUUCACCACCUAUCACUUCUCAGUUAGCAAGCUCUCUUGUCAACUCCCCGCAGACUGCUGCAUUUUCUCCUCGUUUGGAACAAGUACCUGAGGGUAGCCCUCAGCCACCAAGUUUGAAAUCACCUCUUCCAAUUCAAAGUCCUCCAGCAUCUUCCAGUAACGAUAAUCUCCCUCCAAUUCUUCCAAAAGAGACCUUAGAAGUAGAGGAGGACUUGAUGGCGGAGAUUAAGUCCACAGAACUAUGUAGCGUGGAACAGUCAGCACCUGGUGAGGUCUCGAUUCCUGCUUUGUCAAAAGCUAGUCUUGAGGCUGGCAAGGCAACUCAGAAACGACUACGUGGUCGAAAACGCAAAAUAGAGCAGUCAGAAGACAAAGGGGAAGCAGGUUCCUUAAAACCACUUCCCACUACGGAGAAAAAAAAGUCAUUUAAAGGGACCGAUACCACAGGGCGACGAAAAGCCAAUUUAUCGGCCUCAAGUGGUGCAAAGCGUUCACGCCGGAAGAUAAUACCUUCGAAGAUUACGAUGAACUACGAUUUGGAUGAAAAUAAACAGGAAACUGAAGUGGAUAACCUUCAUAAUUCACGACUUUCAGAGGUUAAGUCUUCUGUAACUUUGGAAGGUGGUGAUGACGAGGAUACAAUGGCUGCUUCGGUGGCUCCCACCGAAGUGGAUGAGGAAUCUGUUACUGCAACAACGACGACAACUACCGAGGAAACCACAGAGAUUCUCCUAAAGCGUCCAAGACCACCACCACGUCUGCGAGCUUCACGCCCAAAGAAGAAGAGAUCUUUGAAAUCUUUGAUGAAGAAGAAGCGACGCGGAGCAUACCACUAUGGUGACGAGUCAGAUGGUUCAGAUUCUGAUGAUGAUGGAGGUGGUGGAGCCUCUUCACGUGUUAUCCUUCACACAGUGGCUUCCUCGCAUAGCAUUAAUCCCCAACUCGGUGAUGGGAAUUCUCUUGAUACUUCUGCACGAAGAUCAGGUAGACGAGGGACUGAUAGGAAGAAGUAUACAAUUGAUAGCGUCGAUUUUGGUCUAUCGGAUGACGGUGACGGUGAAGGAGGUGAUUCUGUCGACGCAUCCGACAGUGAGACCGUGGAGGGCUCUGGAAGAAGAUCUGAUGCUGAUUUUGUCGUCGUGAAGGUGGUUGAGAAAAUUCUCGGCCGUCGGAUGUCAACACGACCCGUGAAGAAACAGCAGAAGGAGAAAAGCUGUGCUUCUCCGAAGGAGGAUCGACUGAACGCUAAUAUGCAAAAGAGCCUCUAUGGUGAAAAGAGUGAGGGGAAAGUGGAAUUGGAACAUCGAGUGGACGGAAGUCAACGUCAAGAAAAGGCAGAGGUGGAAGAAGAAGAAGAACAAGUCGAAGAGUUCUAUCUAAAGUACAAAGGAUUCUCCUACAUGCACUGCGAGUGGAAGGCUUUGGAUGAGAUUACAGACCCACGGAUCGCUACGAAAUUAAAGAAGUUUUUAUCCAAGAAUGGCACGGAGCCCCUUCCGCCACCAAGCGCUGACGAUGACGAUGGCACAACGGUACUCUUCAAUCCCGAUUAUGUUGAAGUAGAUCGUGUUCUUGACAUCCGCAUCUACGAUCGCGUCAGCGGGGAUAUUGUCACCGACGAUGUUCUCAACCCCGAUGGGACAAUCAAGCGUCAUCAGUGUCAGCAGAGGAGCCGGAAGAAGCGUGGUCGACCAUCGAGGUCUCGGAUACGCGAGGAGGGGUUGGAAGACGAGGCGGCGACCACGAAUGCGGACACUCCUGACACUGUAGAGUCUGAGACGCAGGACGAAGCUCCAGCACUGGACGACGAACAACCUGCUACGGUCACUUACUACCUCGUGAAAUGGCGAUCUCUGCCUUAUGAGGACGCUACCUGGGAGCUAGCUGAAGAUGUUGAUCCUGCAAAGGUCAGGGAGUACAUGCGCAUUAGAAAUCCACCGAAGAAUCCUCCUGUUAUUCGUGAUAGCAAUCACAAGAUUAUUCGACCGGACCCGUCUGUGUGGCGUCCAAUCACUGAAGAUGAGGUUUACCGAAACGAUAACCGUUUACGUGAAUACCAAGUAGAGGGAGUUAAUUGGCUGUCCUUCUGCUGGUACAACAAACGAAACUGUAUUCUAGCUGACGAGAUGGGUUUGGGCAAGACGGUACAAUCAAUAGCUUUCCUCUUGGAAGUGGUCAAAGCCGGCGUUGCUGGACCUUUUCUUAUCAUUGUGCCUCUCUCUACGGUGGGCAACUGGCAACGCGAAUUUGAGAACUGGUCCGACCUCAAUGCUAUUGUCUAUCACGGCAGCGCAGUUAGUCGAAGUAUGAUUCAGGAGUAUGAGCUAUUUUACCAUCGGAAAAAGGCCACCGGUGGUUCUGUCGUUCCUCUAUCAGUCUCCGGUAGCAACCUCUUCAACUCACAGUACCGUCACGAUGUUUACAAAUUCAAUGCACUUAUCACUACUUUCGAGGUACUUAUGUCAGACAUCGAGUUUUUCGGCAAGAUGCACUGGGCUGUGGCUAUCAUUGAUGAGGCACACCGGCUAAAGAAUAAGAAGUGCAAACUUGGUGAGGGGCUGCGUUACCUCGAUUUGCCGUGGGAGACUGAUUAUGGGCUUCACAUCGCCUUACAGGAUCAUCGAGUGCUGCUGACAGGGACACCAUUGCAAAAUAACGUGGAAGAAUUAUUUGGUCUCCUGAACUUUCUUGAACCAGAACGAUUCGCAUGUGCUUCCACGUUCUUGGCGGAGUUUGGUGAGCUAAAGACAGAACAGCAGGUGGAAGAUUUGAAGACUCUUCUCAAGCCUAUGAUGCUUCGACGGUUGAAGGAGGACGUGGAAAAGAGUCUUGCUCCCAAGGAGGAAACCAUAAUUGAGGUGGAACUGACAAACCUUCAGAAGAAGUACUACCGGGCGAUAAUGGAAAGAAACUUCACAUUUCUCUGCAAAGGCACCACCGGCUCAAAUAUGCCAAAUCUCAUGAACGUGAUGAUGGAACUUCGAAAGUGUUGCAACCAUCCUUUUCUAAUUAAAGGAGCUGAGGAGGCUAUCCUUUCCGAACAAAGAGUCCUGGCUGAAGCGGACCCCUCGAAGCCCUAUAACGAAGAACAGCAGAUGUUCAACGCCAUGUUGAAUGCCUCGGGGAAGCUGGUGCUCAUUCACAAGUUAUUGCCUAAGCUGAAGGCUGGUGGACACAAGGUAUUAGUCUUCUCACAGAUGAUUCGUGUUUUGGACAUUCUGGAAGACUAUCUGGUCUACCAGGGCUUUAGUUUUGAACGCAUUGAUGGACGCAUCCACGGACUGAUGCGGCAAGAGGCGAUCGAUCGUUUCUGCAAUGAUCCCGAUAAGUUCGUCUUUCUGUUGUGCACCAAAGCUGGAGGUCUGGGUAUUAAUCUAACAGCGGCCGAUGUAGUGAUCAUCUAUGAUUCCGAUUGGAAUCCGCAAAAUGAUCUCCAGGCCCAGGCGCGCUGCCAUCGUAUUGGUCAGCAAAAGAUGGUGAAGGUCUACCGUCUCAUCACACGUAACACCUAUGAGAGGGAGAUGUUUGAUCGAGCCUCGUUAAAGUUGGGUCUAGACAAGGCAGUUCUCCAAUCAACGGGCGCUCACGCCAGACAAGCACAAUUGAGCAAGAAGGAGGUGGAGGAACUUCUUAAAAAGGGUGCUUAUGGAGCCCUAAUGGAUGACGACAAGGCGGGAGAUGACUUUUGUGAGGAGGAUAUUGACCAAAUUCUUCAAUCACGGUCGCAUGUUGUACAACUGGAACAAGGGGAAAAGAAUUCCACUUUCUCAAAGGCUACUUUCUCCAUUUCCGACAAUCGGAACGAUAUUGCUUUGGAUGACCCUGACUUCUGGCAGAAAUGGGCCAAAAAAGCUGGUGUGGAAGAAGUUGGUUUGGAAUUCGAGGAUCUGAUAAUGACAACACCACGUCAGCGUCGUCAAACGCACCGCUACACAGCUGAACUGAACGAACAGCAGUCAAGCAAUAGCCUGACGCACUCGCAAUGCGCUUCUCGUCUACCCAAUGGCAAUAAUGGUGGGGGUAGCAACGCUGAAUCCAGUGACGGCGAAAAUAGCUCAGGCGAGAGUACGGGUGCAGAUGACGAUGGCGGUGACUCUAGGGCCAGCGGGGCUACCAUUGGCAACACUGCUUCUUCCUCUAAGAUAAAACACAAGAAGAGCAAGAAGUCCCGACGCAACGAGGAGGGCAUUGGAGAGUCUAUCGAUCGAGUAGACCUAUUUCGAGUAGAGAAGUGUCUCUUCACAUGGAGUUGGGGACGGUGGGCUCAUGCCAUCGACUGCUUUCCCUUCAAGCGAGCCAUAUCAGAAAUGGAGAUGCAGCGAAUUGCUCGGUGCAUCCUUGGCUAUGCUUUGAAGGUAACACCGGUAUUAACUAGCGGUGGGGACGCGAGAGUGCGUUCUGUGGUCAUGGAAAUGAUAAAUUCUGCCGAUGUGAAUGGUCUUCGAACGAUUGCAGAUGUAGUGCAAUCUUUGAAGGCUUCCAGCAACGAGGUGUCGUGGAGGGGCCCUGGGGGUAUUAGUUCUGCAAAUACUGGUUGUGGCGUUGUGGUUCGACGUGGUAGGCGGGCUGGAUUGAGAGUUGGGAGUCUUGGAACGGACUCUCCUAACGGUCCAAGUACUCCUACUACUCCUACUGCACUCAAUUUCGAUAUGGAUCCUGCUUCCACUGCGAACACCCCAAAGCAGGAAGAUCACUCACAUGACGUUUCAAAGCGGGAGGAGGAUUUGGAUCAAGUUGAUUUUGGGAUAACUAGUGACUCUUUCAAACGUCAUUUGGUGCGAGCUGGAGGCCGUUUGUUGGCGAGAGUCUAUACUCUCUACUUCCUUCACACUGAAAUUGUCGGUCUCGAACACGCCGAUGGUCUCUGUGACGGGUCUCUUGACCACUCUAUUUUCACACAAUUAGCGGAAAGUCUUCCUCCUCUCAAAGCCCUUGACGCUGAUGUGCCGGCGGAUUGGUGGGACUCAUGUUGCGACAAGUGUCUCCUCCUCGGUGUUUUUAAACACGGAUGGGAAAAGUACUUUGCAAUUCGCGAUGAUCCCGCCUUCUGCUUCUACCAUCGUAUAUACGGCUCGAACGCGCCCUCAAUUCCCAUUCCUUCCACGAUUGGUACUCUAAAGGGUGUCGCUGGCAUAAAGAUGAAAAUGGAGGAACAUGAGGAAGGUGGGGACGCUGACCCAACAUUGAGACCUGAGGAAACUGAAGAGGAAGAUGAUGAUGAGAAGACAUUGGCUAUUGCAGCCGACGAUGCUACUGUCUCCACUUUAAGACCAAAAAGUGAGGACAUAAAGGCGGAAGUGGGCGACGUUGAGACUGAGGCCCAAUUGCCCCCACCUCUCCUCCUCUUCCCAGCUGUAGUCGAUCUUAACAGUCGCAUGCGGAAGCUCAUCGCAUACUUUCAACGAGUUAGGGCACAGGUUGAAUUGGAAGCGGUACACAACCUUCGCUCCGAAUGCAUUCCCUCUGUUACUGCACAACCGUACUUGGAGCAACGAAUUAUAAAAUGGUCCCGUCGAGAGGAGGCCGAUUUCUAUCGCGUGGUCUCGAGUUUUGGAGUGGAGCAGGUGCUUCGAAGCCCUCCUCACUCGCCAACAUCAUCACGACGACCAGGUGUUGGUCGUGUGUUUGUAGGCUACAAUUGGACUAACUUCAAGGUACUUGCCAACCUCUCAAAGAAGUCUGAUCAGGCUAUCACCGAGUACUAUAAUUCAUUCCUCACCAUGUGCCAUCGCGUCUGCAAUGAGCCUCUGCCGGAAGGCAUGCCGGCACCAGUGUGUUCACUACCAACGACCACGACUUAUGGUUCCUGUCCCGCAGACGAAGUGAUACCUGUGGCACCCAUUUCUGAGGAGCGUGCGACGCGUACCCUUUCACGGAUCAAGCUGCUCAACCGCAUUCGCAACAACAUCCUCACUCACGAGCACCUAGAUGAGCGUUUGGCACUAUGCCAACGAUCCUCCGACCUUCCUGAAUGGUGGGUGCCAGGGCAGCAUGACCGCGAACUUUUGCAAGCAGUGGCUAGGCACGGCUUGGCUCGAACUGACUUGAACAUCCUUCCGGACAAAAAGUUUAGUUUUUCACGCGUCUCGGCUUUGGUCAGACGGCAGUUGUUGAAGAAUCCCUCCGCUCUUCAUGGCGUUGCUCCGCCCACAGCAAGCACAUCCACAGAUACAAUUGUUGGCGGUUCCUUGAGUGUUAGCGAAGUGGAAGCUAGGGCCAGCUUGGCUGCUGCGGCUUCCGUCGCUGCGCGAGCGGUUGCAGCCGAAUUGGAAGCCAAAAUUGAUGCUGCUAAUGUCUCCCGCUCUGAGGGUUCCGUGUCUUUUGGAUCGGCGAGGAAAGAAUUGGAAAAUCAAGGGAGUUCGAUUGAAAACCAACCUGAAAGUGGAAGUUUUGAAGACUGCACGAAUGCAGUCAUUCCCACUGAACCCAAUCCAGACUCCCCAUUACCCGAUAUCAAGUCUACAAACAACGAGCACUUCAAGUGGUCCCUUCAGUUCGCCACUAGUCUGGCCGUAGGAUGGCCUAAGGAUCGUGCUAUCCACAACCGUUUGGAGAUGGUCUGUCAAUGCAUCGAAACAGGUCAUUGGCCUCUCCCGCGGCGCUACAUCCUUAACAAUGUAGAGGAGUUGGGUCGAUACCACCUCGCUGAUUCUACGGGAGGAGGCAGUCGUGAUGUCUCUCCAGCCCCUCCAAGUUCACCCGACAUCUCUACCCAGAAGAAGGCUCUAACGUCAACAGAAGCAGCCACUUUGGCUGCCCUUUCCGCCGCCGGAUACACCAGCAUAGAUCAGGUUCUUGCAUUUCAAGCGGCUGUAGUGGCGGGUAAUGCUUCAGCCAGUGGACAUCAGUCAGAUAUUGGCACUGGAACGCAGACGUCACCCGCUGUGGUCUCUUCUCGUGGUGGAAGAGGUGGAGGUCGUGGUUCUCGAGGAGGCCGUGGGCGUGGUCGCGGUUCUAGAGGCGGUGGUGUGGGAACUUACUCUCGCGAAGACUUUGCUUCUGCUGCUUCGUUGGCGGCCGCGGCUAAAAACUCAGACAGUCCACUACCAACCCGUGGGAGAGGUUCAAGAGGCGGUCAGAUGUUGCCUCCACGUAGUUCCCCUGGUUCAACACGUGGCAGGAAACGAAAGUUUGAGGCUACGGAAACCAAAACUUCUCUCCCGCCACCAGAAUCUUCUGCCUGGGAGGUCAAUGUUCCCCUUAUCUCUCUGGUUAAUGGAAACUUGAUCCACGGAGAGAAGGCGCCAAAACGACGGCACUUGGAGGCCUGGUUAGAAGCCCAUCCGGAUUACAUGCCGUAUUCUGUGGAGCCUGAGGAUCAAGUUAUUUUUAACCGAGUUGCGAAGGCUCGUGGACAGGACACUUCAGCAAUGGAGGCGCUUGCUUAUCGGCACUACAUGUCUAGUGUGUUAAGUAAGGUAGCUAGUUAUGCUGCAAGUAGUAGUAGCCAGCGACCAACUGCGUCUACACCUACUGCUUCGACGAGUGAGCUGAUGGAGCAUCAGCAGAAGCAGUUGCUUGCCUUUGUUGCUGCCUCAGCCUAUUCAGGAAAUCCAGCCUAUGCGAGCUUAAUCGCUUCCGCGCUGGGCUACUCGCAGGCAGCAGCAGCAGCUGCAGUAGCGGCUGCUUCUUCAGCUCCUUCGUCCGCCCAACAGAAAUCCAUUGAUUCGGAGAAACCAUCCAAUUCUAGUGAGACGAAAUCUUCAGCCUCAAAUGCCUCCGAUCUAAUAACUAUGGGUGCGUCAGUCUUGAUGGCUUCAAAACAUUUUUUAACAGAUGACCAAGCAAAGCGAAGCGGUGGUACGGGAGUGUCUUUGGUUCCCUCUACAUCAUCUUCAUCUGCUGCGGCGGGUCAGUUGACACCUGAAAACUUGCAGUCUGUCCUGACAGCGUACCAACAGGCGGCGUCUUUUGUUGCCGCGGCGUACAUGUACAAUCCCUCUCUCUAUGGGCAACACUUCACCACUGGAAGCAAUUCCAAUACGAAUGCGGCUGGCAAUUCUGGUUCUACUCCUUCUACUUCUUCGUCAAACACGGCAGUAAUAGGAUCAUCGGACGCAUUUCAGCGUCAGCAAAUGUCCAAUCUUCUAUCCUCUGUAUUCGGCUCGGCGGCCAUGAACUCUCAGUCGACUCCAGAGAAGAUUACUGAGGUGUCCGCUUCCAGUCCACAACCACCUGCGCAAUUAACCUCGAGGCAGGAGACGGAAGAAGAGGAGCCCAUUCCAGGGGAUGAAGAGGAAGUAAUAAGUGGCGCCGGAAGUGGUGGCAAGCCAGCCAUUGUUGCCACCGGUGAAGGCGGUGGCAGCAGUAGUGCCGGAGACGGCGACGUAUUGGACCUCAGCAAGCCGGAAUGA